UUUUUAUUAUUUCAUGUAAUUGAAAAAAAAAAUUAAACCUUUGAUCCGUCAACGAAAACCCUAAUACGGGAUACAACCCGAACCAACAAGAACCGGGUUCGGAGACGUUUCCUCUAUAUAAAAACAAAGAACAAAAUAUGGAAACAAAUAUCGUAAAAAUAAAAUACUUUUCCCUUUCUCCAAGCUAAAAGAAAAUAGAAUUCUUUCUUGGUCGAUCCCGACAGCAACCCAAUCAUGCUGACAGUUAGUGUGAAAUGGCAAAAGGAAGUCUUUAAGGCUGUGGAAAUUGACACCAGUCAGCCUCCAUAUGUUUUCAAGUGCCAGUUGUAUGAUUUGACUGGAGUACCUCCUGAAAGACAGAAGAUUAUGGUUAAAGGUGGCCUAUUGAAGGAUGAUGCAGAUUGGUCAACUGUUGGAGUGAAACAGGGUCAAAAAUUGAUGAUGAUGGGAACUGCUGAUGAGAUUGUUAAGGCCCCAGAAAAGGGUCCUGUUUUUAUGGAAGAUCUUCCAGAAGAAGAACAAGUGGUAUCUUUGGGUCAUAGUGCUGGGCUAUUUAAUCUGGGAAAUACCUGCUACAUGAAUUCAACAGUACAAUGCCUGCAUUCUGUUCCAGAGUUGAAGUCUGCUUUAACAAAGUAUUCACAUUCUGUAAGAAGCAAUGAUUUGGAUCAGACUUCUCAUAUGUUGACAGUUGCAACUCGUGAUUUAUUUAAUGAACUUGAUAAAAGUGUCAAGCCAGUUGCACCAAUGCAAUUUUGGAUGGUAUUGCGUAAAAAGUAUCCUCAAUUCGGUCAGUUGCAUAAUGGUGUCUUCAUGCAGCAGGAUGCUGAAGAAUGUUGGACACAACUUUUAUACACCCUUUCUCAGUCUCUUCGGUCGCCAGGUUCCAGUGAAAAUCUUGAUGCUGUAAAGGACCUUUUUGGUAUUGAACUUGCAAGCAGCAUUCAUUGCCAAGAGAGUGGUGAGGAAAGCUCUGAGACAGAAUCUGUUUAUUCACUAAAAUGCCACAUUUCACAAGAGGUGAACCAUUUGCAUGAAGGUCUAAAGCAUGGUUUGAAAUCAGAAUUGGAAAAGGCUUCUCCCGCUUUGGGGCGGAGUGCAACUUACUUGAAAGAGUCCCGAAUUAAUGGCUUGCCAAGGUACUUGACUAUUCAGUUUGUGCGUUUUUUCUGGAAGAGGGAAUCAAAUCAAAAGGCUAAGAUUUUGCGGAAAGUGGAUUAUCCAUUGGAGUUGGAUGUUUAUGAUCUGUGUUCAGACGAACUUCACAAACAAUUGGAAGGUCCUCGCCAGCUUCUGAGGGAUGAAGAAGGUAAAAAGCUUGGUUUGAAAGCUAAUGAGAAGAGCCGGAGCUCAAAAGAUGAUGAUUUCAAGAUGACUGAUGCGGAGGGGUUCAUCAAAUGCAAUUGGAGAAUCAUCUGGGACUACAUCUCAAGAAGGGAUUCCCGCUGACAAGGAAACACGUUUAACUGGGAUUUAUGAUUUGGUUGCCGUUCUUACCCACAAAGGUCGAAGUGCUGAUUCAGGGCAUUAUGUCGCUUGGGUCAAGCAAGA